AUGGUGACCGAGGUGAUUGUGAGCCCGAGAGUGAGCUGCUGCCACCAUUCCUGUUUGCAGGUCGAAGAUGAGACCGAGAAGCCAAACAUGGAAGAGGAAGAGGAGGAGGAGGAGGAGCUGGAUAAGUUGCUGGGCAUUGAACGUUUAAGUGACCUGAUCAGUGAACGCCCUGCACGGGAACCUGAGCGAACUUAUAACGAGAAGGAUUUUGAAUAUCAUCGACACACGUCACAUCACAUUCACCACCCGCUCUCGACUCGCCUGCCACACCACACACGCCACAGGAGGAAGCUCCCUCGCCCAGAACGCACGAAGAAGAAGAGGAGGAAAAAGAAAAAGACUUCGGUUCCUCCAUCAGAGGGCACGCCCACCAUCCAGGAAGUGGAUGAGGAGGAGGAAGAGCCUUCGGAGGUGGAAACACAGGACAGGGAUCUAUCAGGAAAUGAGGAUAUGCACGAUCCACCAAAAUCCCAUCUCAUGUCAACAGAAUCGACCGAGUCUCUAAUGAUGCCGCAGCAGAUUCAAGACUGUGAGCAGCAGCAGCCAUGGCAACCCCAUACAGGACUGACAGGGAGUUUUCUGAAGCCUCUGCAGGAUUGCCUUGAGUCCUCCCCGAGGAGUCUUGACAGACAGAAGGCCUCCCCCCGGAUUACAGGUGGACAGCGAGCACGUUAUGAUCUGCGAGAACGGAUUUGCAUUGGGAGUAUGACUGCACUUGGAGUGACGGCGUACCAGAAAGUGCCGACGGAUGAUGCUGAAGCACAGAUGCUUGCCAGUGCUGACCUGGACUACAUGAAAAGCCACCGAUUCGAGGACAACCCAGGUGUGCGUCGGCACCUGGUGAAGAAACCGUCCAAAAGCCAAAUGAGUAAAGUCAGCAACAAACUCCCACAGGCCGGGAUGAAGAGGUUCCAGCUGGACAGAAAGCCCCAUGAGGUUUUCGUCGAGCUGAAUGAGCUGGUGCUGGGGAAGAACAAUGAGAUGUCGUGGCAGGAGACCGCUCGGUGGAUCAAAUUUGAGGAAGAUGUGGAAUCAGAGACAGACAAGUGGGGAAAGCCGCACGUGGCGUCCCUCACGUUCCGCAGCCUCCUGGAACUGAGGAAGACCAUCGCACAAGGUGCUGUGCUGCUAGAUCUGGAGCAGAAAACAUUGCCUGGAAUAGCCCAGCUGGUGGUGGAAACCAUGGUGAUCACAGAUCAGAUCAAACCGGAAGACAGGGCCAGUGUAUUGAGAGCACUCCUUGUCAAACACAGCCACCCUAACGAUGAGAAAGAAGGGAUCUUUUUCCCUCGGAAUGUCUCUGGCUCCACCAAAGCAACCAGCCUGGGGGUUCACCACCCCCACCAUGAGCACAAGGUGUCAAAGGAUUCCUCUACCACCAUGCCCCUGAUGGGAGACGAACGCAUCGAGGUGCAAGACCCCAAGAAGGUGGAUUCAGGCCCUCAGAAACAUUUCAGAUCUCCAAGCAGCCGGCGCAGUGAGAGGCACAAAAGGAAAGCAGAACAGAGGCUUAUGGAGAAGAUUCCAGAAAAUGCAGAGGCAACUGUGGUCCUCAUUGGGACUCUUGCCUUUCUUGAACAGCCCACCAUGGCCUUUGUGCGCCUCAGUGAAGCAGUUUUCCUUGAGUCAGUUUUGGAAGUUUCAGUGCCUGUACGAUUCAUCUUUAUCCUCCUCGGGCCAAUGCAGUCCAACAUGGAUUACCAUGAGAUCGGGCGCAGUAUCUCCACCCUGAUGUCAGACAAGGAUUUCCAUGAGGCAGCGUAUCAGGCCGAUGAUCGCCAGGACCUCUUAAACGCCAUCAACGAGUUCCUGGACAGCAGCAUUGUCAUCCCACCACUGGAACUAGAAGGCAAAGAUCUCCUGAGAUCGGUUGCAGCCUUUCAGAAGGAGAUGCUAAGGAAGAGGAAACUGAGAGAGCAGAGAAAGUCACUGAGGAGGGAGGAAUCCAUUCUCUUCGAGACCAAAGAUGUGUGCGGGGAGGUGAAGGACGAAAGUGAUGAUGAUCCACUGAAGAGAACAAGGAUUCCGUUUGGGGGCUUGUUCCGGGAUAUCAAGCGGAGAUACCCAAAAUACAUGAGUGACCUUUGGGAUGCAAUGGACUGUCAGUGUCUGGCUGCCAUCAUCUUCAUUUACUUUGCAGCCCUGUCACCAGCCAUCACAUUCGGAGGAUUGCUCGGUGCAAAGACCGAGGGGUUAAUUGGGGUUUCAGAGUUAAUCGUCUCCACAUCGGCCACAGGGGUGGUCUUCUCCCUGUUGGGAGCCCAGCCCCUCCUGGUGAUUGGAUUCACCGGCCCCCUGCUGGUCUUUGAAGAGGCGUUCUACAAGUUCAGCAAGACCCAGAACGUGGACUACCUCACAGGUCGUGUGUGGAUCGGCUUCUGGCUCAUGGUCAUUGUAGUCAUCACGGUGGCCUUUGAGGGAAGUUUCCUGGUGCGCUACAUCUCACCUUUUACCCAGGAGAUCUUCGCCUUCCUCAUCUCCGUCAUCUUCAUCUACGAAACCUUCCACAAUCUUUACGAGGUCUUUGAGGAGAAUCCUCUCCUGAAGACAUAUCCACCCUUCUCUCUGAGAAAUGCCAAUCUCACUCACCCGUUAAUACAAACCGACCAGCAGAUGCAACCCAACACCGCCCUGCUCUCCCUCGUCAUGAUGGUUGGCACAUUCUUCAUUGCGUAUUUCAUGAGAAAAUUCCGGAACAGCCGGUUUCUAGGAGGGAACGCCCGGCGCAUCAUUGGAGACUUUGGGAUUCCCAUUGCGAUCCUGGUGAUGGUCCUUGUGGAUAUCUCUAUCACAGACACAUACACUGAGAAACUGAACGUGCCUCUGGAAUUUUCCGUCACCUCCCCGGAGAAGCGAGGCUGGUUCAUCCACCCAAUGGGGAAGGAUCAGGACUUCCCAAUAUGGAUGAUCUUCGGCUCAGUGAUUCCGGCCUUGCUGCUCUUCAUCCUGAUCUUCAUGGAGACCAACAUCACCACUCUCAUUGUCAGUAAGAAGGAGCGGCGGCUGGUGAAAGGGUCCGGAUUCCAUCUGGACCUGCUGCUCAUUGGCUUGGCCGGAGGCAUAUGUGGCAUCUUUGGGCUCCCGUGGCAGACGGGUGCCACAGUACGGACAAUCACCCACGUCAACGCCCUGACUGUGAUGAGCAAGAGUACAGCUCCCGGAGAGACACCCAAGAUCGAGGAGGUGAAGGAGCAACGCAUCACUGGCAUCUCGGUGGCAUUGCUCGUUGGUCUCUCUGUGGUCAUGAGUAAGAUUCUCCAGUUGAUUCCGAUGUCAGUUUUAUUUGGAAUCUUCCUGUACAUGGGUUUGACGUCACUAACAGGAAUCCAGAUGUAUGAACGUCUGCUGCUUCUUUUUAUCCCUUCCAAACACCACCCAGACCACAUCUACGUAACAAAGGUGAAAACGUGGAGGAUGAACCUCUUCACCAUGAUCCAGUUGAUGUGCAUCGUUGUUCUUUGGGUGAUCAAGUCCACCAUUAUCUCCCUAGCAUUCCCGUUUUUCCUAAUCCUGACGGUGCCUACACGGCGAUACCUGCUGCCGAAGAUUUUCAAAGAGCGGGAACUGAUGGUGCUGGAUUCUGAAGAAACACAUCCCAACCUCGAUGAAGAUGGACAUGACGAAUACAGUGAGCUGCACAUGCCCCUGUGA